AUGCAGCUCCCCGUGCGCUCCCGGCUGCUGCUGCUCCUGCUCUUGCUGCGGGCCAGCGGGCUGCGGGCCGGGGAGCGGAGCAGCAGCGCCAUGGAGGAGAUCGCCACGGAGAAGGAGGCGGAGGAGAGUCACCGGCAGGACAGCGUGAGCCUCCUGACCUUCAUCCUGCUGCUCACCCUCACCAUCCUCACCAUCUGGCUCUUCAAGCACCGCCGGGUGCGCUUCCUCCACGAGACCGGCCUGGCCAUGAUCUAUGGACUCAUUGUUGGCGUGAUCUUGAGAUAUGGUUCUCCCUCCAGCAGUGGCCAUGACAAGCCAUUCAGCUGCUCGCAGGAGGACAGACCAUUUACAACGCUGUUGGUCAAUGUCAGUGGAAAGUUUUUUGAGUACACCCUUAAAGGAGAAAUAAGCCCUGGAAAAAUACACAACGUGGAACAGAAUGACAUGUUGCGAAAGGUAACAUUUGACCCAGAAGUUUUCUUCAACAUUCUGUUGCCUCCUAUUAUUUUCCAUGCUGGGUACAGCUUGAAGAAGAGACACUUUUUCAGGAAUCUGGGGUCUAUCCUGGCUUAUGCCUUUUUAGGAACUGCAGUCUCUUGUUUUAUUAUCGGGAAUCUCAUGUAUGGUGUUGUAAAACUAAUGAAGUUGGUGGGACAACUCUCUGAUAAAUUUUACUAUACAGACUGUCUCCUCUUCGGAGCUGUCAUAUCUGCUACUGAUCCAGUUACCGUGCUGGCAAUAUUUAAUGAGCUGCAUGCUGAUGUCGAUCUCUAUGCCCUUCUGUUUGGAGAGAGUGUUCUAAAUGAUGCUGUUGCCAUUGUCUUGUCUUCAUCAAUAGUUGCCUACCAGCCAACAGGUGAAAACACCCAUGCAUUUGAUGCCGCAGCAUUUUUCAAAUCAGUUGGAGUUUUCCUUGGAAUAUUCAGUGGCUCUUUCAUGAUGGGAGCAGUGACAGGGGUUGUUACAGCUCUGAUAUCCUUUCUUGUUAUUUAUGUGACCAAGUUUACCAAACUGCAUUGCUUCCCCCUGCUGGAGACAGCUCUCUUCUUCCUGAUGUCCUGGAGCACUUUCUUGCUAGCUGAAGCUUGUGGGUUUACAGGUGUGGUGGCGGUUCUCUUUUGUGGAAUUACACAGGCUCAUUAUACAUACAACAAUUUGUCAGUCGAGUCAAGGAGCCGAACUAAGCAGCUCUUUGAGGUACUGCACUUCCUGGCUGAAAACUUCAUAUUUUCAUAUAUGGGUUUAGCCCUUUUUACUUUCCAGAAACACAUAUUCAGCCCAAUUUUCAUCAUUGGAGCUUUUAUUGCAAUCUUUCUGGGCAGAGCUGCACACAUCUACCCUCUCUCUUUCUUCUUGAAUCUGGGCAGAAGGCACAAGAUCAGUUGGAACUUUCAGCACAUGAUGAUGUUUUCAGGUCUUAGAGGAGCCAUGGCAUUUGCUCUGGCCAUACGAGACACUGCUACUUACUCCCAUCAAAUGAUGUUCUCAACAACCCUUCUUAUUGUCUUUUUCACUGUCUGGAUUAUUGGUGGAGGCACAACACCCAUGCUGUCAUGGCUGAACAUUAGAGUUGGUGAUCAUGCUCCAUCGGUGGAAGAGAUAAAUGAAAGCCGCUGGCUGUACUUCAGGGUUGGAGUUGACCCAGAUCAGGAUCCCCCACCCAGCAAUGACAGCUUUCAAGUCUUACAAGGAGAUGGUCCAGAUUCUGAAAGAGGAAACCGGACAAAGCAGGAAAGUGCUUGGCUCUUCAGGUUAUGGUAUAGCUUUGAUCACAAUUAUUUAAAGCCCAUUCUCACCCAUAGUGGCCCUCCGCUAACUACAACCCUUCCAAGUUGCUGUGGUCUGCUGGCCCGCUGUUUGACUACUCCACAGGUUUAUGAUAAUCAGGAGCAGCUUAGAGAGGAGGAUUCAGAUUUUAUUCUGAAUGAUGGUGACCUCACUCUGACAUAUGGUGAUACGACAAUAACUGCUAAUGGCUCUUCUGGCUCCCGCACUGCUACCACUAGCCUCGAUGGCAGGAAAACAAAAAGUAGUUCAGAGGAGGCAUUGGAACAUGAUCUGGGAAUGGGAGAUAAUGAAGUUACAAGCAGGGGCACCCGACUAGUAUUUCCUUUGGAAGACAAUGCAUGA